AUGAUAAACAGCUACACACACACAUCUAUCUAUCUAUCUAUCUCUGUUCAUAGUUACCUAUCUUUCUCAGCCUGUUUCUUUCUAUCUAUCUAUCUAUCUAUCUAUGUUCAUAGUUACCUAUCUUUCUCAGUCUGUUUCUAUCUAUCUAUCUAUCUAUCUAUCUAUCUAUCUAUCUAUCUAUCUAUGUUCAUAGUUACCUAUCUUUCUCAGUCUGUUUCUAUCUAUCUAUCUAUCUAUCUAUGUUCAUAUUUGUAUCUAUCUAUCUAUCUAUCUAUCUAUCUAUCUAUCUAUCUAUCUAUCUAUCUAUCUCUGUUCAUAGUUACCUAUCUUUCUCAGUUUCUAUCUAUCUAUCUAUCUAUCUAUCUAUCUAUCUAUCUAUUUUGUAUCUAUCUAUCUAUCUAUCUAUCUAUCUAUCUAUCUAUGUUCAUAGUUACCUAUCUUUCUCAGUCUGUUUCUAUCUAUCUAUCUAUCUAUCUAUCUAUGUUCAUAGUUACCUAUCUUUCUCAGCCUGUUUCUAUCUAUCUAUCUAUCUAUCUAUCUAUCUAUCUAUCUAUCUCUGAGCUGCCAAGAUCUCUCUCUAACCUUGAUAUAGUUCAAAAGCGUCUCCAUGCUCUCAGGCGUGACGAAUUCUUCUACACCCGUCAACCUGUCUCCCACAAGCACGCGUGUGGCAAGCCUCUCGCUACUCGACCACUACUUUCCACGGAAAGUAGUCGGGUGAACUACAUUCCCUGGCCCCGCCAAGGCAAACCUUCAUGA